AUGUGGAAAUAUCGCUCAAGCUCAAAGUCAGCAAAAGAGAGCCAGAAGUCCGAGAAUGUCAUCAAAGAUCUUUCUGAGAAGAAGGCGUUCCACGAUUGGCCAAAUGAUGCGGGUUUUAAUGCCGAUACAGAGUGCAGGAUACCAGUAAAGCUAGAAGUAAAGGGUAAAAUACCUGCUUGCGUCGCUGGAACUCUGUACAGAACUGGACCUAGCCACUACAAGCUCAAUGGAACACCAAUCGGAGAGUACAAGACCAGUCACUGGUUCGAUGGAUUUACAACCAUACACCGUUUCUCAAUUGUCGAGCAAGACGAUGGAGGUUGCAGCGUGGCCUACAAUUCUCGAAAGCAGGUUGAUCAGCUGCUUGAACAGAUUCGUAAGACUGGGAAGCUUGACGGGAUUUCUUUCGCCCAGAAGAGAGAUCCAUGCGAUGGAGUCUAUCAGAAGCUCAAAGCUGUAUUCGAGCCGGCGAGAGCGAAGGAUCCCUACCAAUCUAAUGUCGGCGUUACCAUUACGACAAACCCGUCGGGCCUCCAACAGAGGGACCCGAAAAAGACGGCUUCAUCUAAAAGCUUUGCUGUUGUAAGAACUGACCAUGUUCAGAUGAAGAUGAUCAAUUUGGAGACUCUGGAGCCUAUCGGUGUAACUGAUCAAACGAUACUCCAUCCGCAUUUGAAGGGUCCCAUGUCCGGCGCACACGCGCAGUUUGACCCAGACAACGGAGAUGUCUUUAACUACAACUUGGACUUCGGUAAAGUAUGUACGUACAGGGUUUUUAAAACAUCCCUUAUGACCGGACAGACAGAGAUUCUAGCAACGAUUUCAGGCUCAGAUAUCAAGCCUGCCUACAUACACUCUUUCUUCCUCACCUCUGAUUUUGUCGUACUGGCCGUAUGGUCUUCUCAUAUACCAGGGUACGGCAUAUCAAUUCUGUGGGACCGAAACAUUCUUGACGCACUCGCUCCAUUCAAUCCCAAGUCCAAGGUGAAGUGGCUUGUUAUUGACCGCCGAGGUAACAGAGGACUGGUCGCAACCUUUGAAAGUCCCGCGGCAUUCAGCUUCCACUCCGUCAACGCGUGGCAGGAGCCUUCCCCGGAAGACGGUACCACGGUGAACAUCAUGUGCGAUGUAAUUCAGUUUCCAACUCUCGAUAUCCUCCAUCGCCUGUACUACGAUAACCUGGUAUCCACUGGUCCUGGAGUCUCUAAUUGGGCGGGUGAAGAGUCACCAAUGGCGAAGUCAAUAGAACCAAGUCUCUCCAGAUACCGCCUCAGUGGCGUCCCAAUUCAAGUAGGCAAGAAAUUAAAAGUCACAAGUGAAGCAGACCUACUUUUCCAAGCACCAAGCCCCUUAAUUGGAGAUUUGCCAACAAUCAAUCCUCGUUAUGCAACUCGGAGCACACGCUAUGUUUACUCUUUGGUCGACCAGGGAAAGUCAUCUCUCGUUGACGGGAUAUCAAAAUUCGACACAGUUACGAAGAAUGUGACAUACUGGAUGACAGAUAAGCACACCCCUGGUGAAGCAAUAUUUGUGCCAGACCCAGAUAGGAGUAGUGAAGAUGGUGGCUUCCUUCUAAGCGUUAUAUUGGACGGCGAGAAGGGUACUAGCUACCUGCUUUGCUUGGACGCUGAAAAUAUGCAAGAGGUUGGAAGAGCUGAGGUUGGUGUUGCAGUGGGAUUUGGAUUCCACGGAUGUCACGUCGUAGAUGAGUCCCGUUGA